AUGACAUUACAGGAAAUAAAGGAUGAAACCAAAAAGGACAAAACAUUGCAAGGACUUGCUAAAAUUAUUCGUGAACAAUUGUGGGAUUCAAAACCCAAAUGGCAUGAACUCAACACAGACAAUGAUGAUAUACGUAAGUAUAUAAACGUUCGGGACGAAUUAACCAUUAAUGACGAGGCAGAUAUAGUUUUGCGAGGGUCUCGUAUUGUUAUACCUCGUUCACUGCAGCACCGAGCCAUAUCCAUCGCGCAUGAAGGUCAUCAAGGCCUUGUCAAAACAAAACAAUUAAUACGUGAGAAAAUAUGGUUUCCAGGCAUAGAUAAGGCUGUUAGGGAUAUGAUUGGCAGCUGUAUUGCAUGCCAAGCUAACAGUCACCCAAAUCCACCCACACCAUUAAAAAUGAAUGAUCUACCUCCUGAACCAUGGCACGCAAUACAUUUAGACUUUUGUGGUCCCUUUCCCACCGUAGAGUAUGUUCUAGUUGCUAUUGAUGCAUAUUCACGUUUCCCUGAG